AUGUCGUCGAUAUACACAACCACCUGGCGUCCAAGUCAAACUUGUGGUGGUGUUGUACAAGGACUAAAUGGAACGAUAGAGAGUCCUGGCUUUCCCCAUGGCUACCCAAACUAUGCCAACUGUACCUGGAUCAUCAUUACAGGAGAACGAAACAGGAUACAGUUGUCAUUUCACACCUUUGCUCUUGAAGAGGACUUUGACAUAGUCUCCAUUUAUGAUGGCCAACCGCAGCCAGGAAACCUGAAAAUUAGGUUAUCUGGCUUCAUGUUGCCAUCGCCUAUUGUGAGCACAGGGUCAAUAAUGGCCCUUUGGUUCACAACAGAUUUUGCUGUGAGUGCACAAGGAUUUAAAGCAAUUUAUGAAGUGCUACCAAGUCACACAUGUGGAAAUCCAGGGUUGAUACCAAAAGGAAUAAUUCAUGGAACAAGGUACAACAUGGGAGACAAGAUCCGUUACAGUUGUCUCAUGGGAUAUAUACUGGAGGGACAUGCUGUACUCACUUGUAUUGUGAGUCCAGGUACUGGAGCAUCAUGGGACUUUCCAGCACCAUUUUGUCGAGCCGAAGGAGCUUGCGGUGGGACAUUGAGGGGAACAACAGGGACGAUAUCAAGUUCACAUUUCCCUUCAGAGUAUGAGAAUAAUGCAGACUGCACAUGGAGUAUUCUGGCUGAACCAGGUGACACCAUCGCCCUGGUCUUUAGUGAUUUCCAGCUGGAAGACAGAUACGACUUUCUGGAGAUAAGUGGGACUGAGGCGCCAUCAAUUUGGCUGACCGGUAUGAAUAUACCUUCCCCUGUCAUCAGCAGCAAGAACUGGUUACGGCUGCAUUUCACAUCAGACAGCAACCAUCGGCGGAAAGGAUUUAGUGCCCAGUACCAAGUAAAAAAGGCAAUUGAGCUGAAGUCCAGAGGGGUGAAACUGCUUCCAAGCAAAGACACAAACCACAAAAAUGCUGUUUUGAGCCAAGGUGGCAUGGCAGCAGACGUUUGUCCAGAUCCUGGUAUUCCAGAGAAUGGGAAGAGGAUGGGCUUUGACUUUCAGGUCGGAGCCAGCAUCCAGUUUUCCUGCGAUGACAGCUAUGUGCUUCAGGGAUCAAAGAGCAUCACUUGCCAGAGAGUGACAGAGACACUGGCCGCGUGGAGUGACCACAGACCUAUCUGCCGCACGAGAACAUGUGGCUCUAAUUUAAGAGGACCAAAGGGCUUCAUCACGUCCCCUAAUUACCCUGUUCAGUAUGAAAAUAAUGCCCACUGUGUCUGGGUCAUAACAGCAGUGGACAAUGGGAAGGUUAUUAAGCUUGCCUUUGAGGAGUUUGAUCUUGAGAGAGGAUAUGACACGCUAACAGUGGGGGACGGAGGGAAAAUUGGUGAUGCCAGGAGAGUGCUCUAUGUGCUGACAGGGUCCAGUGUUCCUGACCUGAUAGUCAGUAUGAGCAACCAGAUGUGGCUCCAUCUCCAGUCUGAUGACACCAUCGGGUCCCAAGGGUUUAAGGCCCUAUAUGAAGAAAUCGACAAAGGAGGGUGUGGGGAUCCUGGCAUCCCGGCCUACGGCAGAAGAUCGGGGGAGAGGUUUUUACAUGGCGACAUGCUAACGUUCGAGUGUCAGGCGGCCUUCGAGUUGGUCGGCGAGAGAACAAUAUCUUGCCAGCAAAACAACCAGUGGUCUGGAAACAAACCCAGCUGCGUGUUUUCCUGCUUCUUCAAUUUCACCACCCCAUCAGGAAUAAUCCUCUCCCCCAACUACCCUGAGGAGUAUGGGAACAACAUGAACUGUGUGUGGCUCAUUAUUGCAGAGCCAGGGAGCAGGAUUCAUCUCAUUUUCAGCGACUUUGAGGUAGAGCCCCAGUUUGACUACCUAAUUGUGAAAGACGAUGGGAUGUCAGAGCCCACCACGUUUGGCACAUUCUCCGGGAAGGACGUACCCUCUCAGAUAGCCAGCAAUGGACACAUCAUGCGCCUGGAGUUCCAGACUGACCACUCCAACACUGGGAAAGGAUUUAACAUCACUUAUACAACGUUUGGUCAGAAUGAAUGCCACGACCCCGGCAUCCCUGUCAAUGGCCAGCGGAAUGGGGAGCACUUCUUGUUGGGGAGCUCCGUGCUCUUCACAUGUGAUGAAGGCUUCAUCAAAACCCAUGGGUCUGAGUCCAUAACCUGCAUCAUUCAGGAUGGAAAUGUAGUGUGGAAUGCAGCAGUUCCUCGGUGUGAAGCACCUUGUGGGGGACAUUUAACAGCUCCAACCGGAGUACUGCUGUCCCCUGGCUGGCCGGGAUACUACAAAGAUUCUUUGAACUGUGAAUGGGUUAUUGAAGCCAGCAAAGAUCACGCCAUCAAGAUAUCAUUUGACAGAUUCCAGACCGAGGUUAAUUAUGACACACUGGAGAUUCGGGAUGGCCCCUCCAACUCCUCUCCUUUAAUCGGAGAGUAUCAUGGCACUCAGGCGCCCCAUUUUCUCAUUAGCACCAGUAAUUACAUGUACCUGCUAUUCACCACGGACAACAGUCGCUCCAGCGUGGGCUUCCAGAUCCGCUACGACAGUGUUAUGAUGGAAACAGAUUCCUGCUUAGAUCCUGGGAUCCCGGUCAAUGGAAAGCGGCAUGGGAACAAUUUCGCCAUUGGCUCCAGGGUGACAUUCAGCUGUGAUCAAGGCUACACGCUGAGCGAUGAGGAACCAAUCGUGUGUGAGAGGAAUCAUCAGUGGAAUCACGCACUGCCCAGCUGUGAUGCGUUGUGUGGUGGUUAUAUCUUUGGUAAAAAAGGAACCAUUCUCUCCCCUGGAUUUCCUGAUUUCUACCCAAACUCAUUGAACUGCACAUGGACGAUAGAGGUGUCUCAUGGCAAAGGAGUGCAGCUGCUCUUCCACACGUUCCACCUGGAGGACUCCCAUGAUUACCUCCUCAUCACAGAGGACGGCAGCUUCACGGAACCCGUGGCCAGGCUCACUGGUUCCGUCCUGCCCCCCUCCAUCAAGGCCGGCCUGUUUGGAAACUUUAGCGCCCAGCUCCGCUUCGUCUCAGAUUUCUCCAUGUCCUAUGAAGGUUUCAACAUGUCCUUCUCAGAGUACAGCUUAGAGCCUUGUGAAGAUCCAGGAGUGCCAGCCUACAGCCGGCGAGUUGGUUUCCAGUUUGGCGUGGGGGACUCACUCAUUUUUUCCUGCUUCCCGGGUUAUCGAUUGGAGGGGGACCACAAGAUCACCUGCCUGGGGGGAGGCCGGAGGGUCUGGAGUGGAGCCCUGCCAAGGUGUGUGGCUGAAUGUGGAGCCACUACCGUUGGGAGUGAGGGGGUUCUGCUAUCACCCAAUUACCCAUCCAAUUAUGACAAUAACCAUGAGUGCAUUUACCGCAUUGAGACGGAGACAGGGAAGGGCAUCCGUGUCACAGCCACUCACUUCCAGCUCCAUGAGGGGGAUUACCUGAAGGUGUAUGACGGAAAGGAUACUUCAUAUCGUCUUCUUGGGAAUUUCUCCAAAACAGACAUGUACAAUGUCGUCAUCAACAGUACCUCAAAUCACCUCUGGAUUGAGUUCAACAGCAAUGGCACUGAAACCAAUAAGGGGUUCAGACUGACGUACAGCAGUUUUGACCUUGUCAAGUGUGAAGAACCAGGAACUCCGAAUUACGGAUACAAGAUUCAAGAUGAUGGCCAUUUUGCAAACACAUUUGUAUUGUACAGUUGUAACCCUGGCUAUACUCUCCAUGGAAGCAGCACUCUGACAUGCCUAAGUGGAGACCGUAGGGUUUGGGACAAACCGUUACCUUCCUGUCUAGCUGAAUGUGGAGGCCACAUCGCAGGUGCAAUAUCUGGACGGAUACUAUCCCCGGGUUACCCUGCGCCCUAUGACAAUAACCUCCACUGUACCUGGUCUAUCGAAGCGGACACAGGCAAAACCAUCAGCCUCCACUUCAUAGUGUUUGACACGGAAGUGGCUCAUGACAUCCUGAAGGUGUGGGACGGUCCAACAGAGGGGGGUUUCCUGCUGAAGGAAUGGAGUGGGUCAGCUCUACCCGAAGACACCCACAGCACCUUCAACAUCCUAACGCUCCAGCUUGACAGUGAUUACUUCAUCAGCAAGUCAGGCUUCUCCAUUCAGUUCUCAACUACUACUGCGACGACCUGUAAUGACCCCGGAACUCCCCAAAAUGGGACACGUUACGGGGAUAGUCGGGAGCCUGGGGACACUAUCACCUUCCAGUGUGACCCAGGUUACCAGGUCCAGGGCCUAGACAAGAUCACCUGUGUACAGCUCAAUAACAGGUUCUAUUGGCAGCCAGACCCUCCGACCUGUAUAGCUACCUGUGGCGGCAACGUGACAGGCCCUGCUGGGGUAAUUCUAUCACCCAACUAUCCACAGCCCUACCCACCAGGAAAAGAAUGUGACUGGAGAAUUAAAGUCAACCCUGACUUUGUUAUAGCCCUAAUUUUCAGAAGUUUCAACAUGGAGCCCAGCUAUGACUUCCUGCACAUCUAUGAGGGUGAGAACUCCAAUGGUCCACUGAUCAGCAGCCUGCAGGGAAACCAGGCCCCGGAGCGCAUUGAGAGCAGUGGGAACAGCCUCUUCCUUGCCUUCAGAAGUGACGCCUCCCUCGGGAUGUCUGGUUUUGCCAUUGAAUUCAAAGAGAAACCCAGGGAGGCAUGUUUUGACCCUGGAAAUAUCAUGAACGGCAGUCGUGUGGGGAUGGACUACAAACUGGGCUCCACAGUGACCUAUCAAUGUACCUCUGGAUAUACUGCGGUUGGACAAGCCACAAUCACAUGUGUUAUCGGUUUGGAUGGAAAACCUAUAUGGAACAAGGCCCUACCAACGUGUAAAGCUCCUUGUGGUGGCCAUUAUAAUGGAUCGGAAGGCGUGGUACUAUCUCCUAACUUCCCCCACAACUACACCGCUGGGCAAACCUGCUCCUACUAUAUCACGGUCUCUGGAGAAUUUGUGGUAUUUGGGCAGUUUGCCUACUUUCAGACAGCAAUGAAUGACUCAGUGGAACUAUUUGAUGGGGCCAAUCAGAAUGCCAGGCUUCUUAGCUCCCUCGCUGGGUUUCACUCAGGAGAGACCUUGCCCCUGGCCACAUCAAACCAAAUUAUGGUGAGAUUCUCUGCAAAGAAUGGUCCUUCUGCCAGGGGUUUCCACUUUGUUUAUCAAGCUGUUCCUCGCACCAGUAACACGCAGUGCAGCUCUGUCCCAGAGCCACGCUACGGCAGACGGAUUGGGUCCGAGUUCUCCGCAGGCUCCGUUGUUCGCUUUGAGUGCAACCCAGGGUAUUUGCUACAGGGAUCCAAAGCCAUCAAAUGCAAUGCGGUCCCCAACGCGCUAGCCCAGUGGAAUGAUACUGUGCCCUCUUGUGCUGUUCCAUGCAGCGGUAAUCUGACAGAGAGAAGAGGCACAAUCCUCUCCCCGGGAUUCCCAGAACCCUAUGGGAACAGCUUGAACUGUGUGUGGAAAAUCAUUGUCACCGAAGGAGCUGGGAUUCAGGCAAGUACAAAAGGGUCAGAUCCAGGUGAUGAGCUUUGCCACCGAGCACAAUUGGGAUUCUUGGAAAUCUAUGAUGGACAGGACAUGACAGCUCCUAAACUUGGAAGCUUCUCAGGAACAACUGCUCCAGCCUUGCUGAAUAGUACCUCCAACCAGCUCUACCUUCACUUCCAGAGUGAUAUCAGUGUUGUUGCCGCUGGAUUCCACCUUGAGUACAAAACCGUUGGUCUCACCACCUGUCCGGAGCCGAUGGUGCCUGCCAACGGGAUCAAAACAGGGGACAGGUACAUGGUCAACGAAGUCGUGUCAUUCAGCUGUGAACCGGGAUACAUGCUGCAGGGCCACUCCCAUAUAUCAUGUAUGCCAGGAACCGUGCGGCGCUGGAACUACCCUCCCCCACUCUGCAUUGCAAAGUGUGGUGGAACAGUACAUGACUUGACCAAUGUUAUUUUAAGUCCUGGAUUCCCUGGCAACUACCCUGGUAACCUGGAUUGUACAUGGAGGAUUCUUUUACCAGUUGGAUAUGGUGCUCAUAUUCAGUUUUUCAACUUCUCCUCUGAAGACAACCAUGAUUUUUUAGAGGUGCGAAAUGGGCCGCAGCACAGCAGCUCUCUGAUUGGACAGUUCAGCGGAAGUCAGCUGCCACCCAACCUGCUGAGUACAACACAUGAGACCAUGAUCCACUUCUACAGUGACCACUCCGAAAACAGGCAGGGAUUCAAACUGGCCUACCAAGCAUAUGAAUUGCAGAAUUGCCAAGACCCUACUCAAUUCCCUAAUGGAUAUAUUAUUAAUAAUGACUACAAUGCUGGCCAAUCAAUAACUUUUGAAUGCUUUCCUGGAUACGUUCUGAUUGGACAUCCUGUGCUUACAUGCCAACAUGGAAUCAACAGAAAAUGGAAUCACCCCUUUCCCCGGUGUGAGGCUCCAUGUGGCUACAACAUGACAGCUCAGAAUGGCACCAUAUUCUCGCCUGAAUACCCAAAUGAGUACCCUAACUCACAGGACUGCACCUGGCUUAUCAUCGUGCCACAUGGACAUGGCAUUUACAUCAACUUCACCCUGCUUCAGACAGAGCCUGUCACGGAUUACAUUGCUGUUUGGGAUGGCCCUGAGCAGAGCUACCCACAACUUGGGAUUUUCAGUGGUAAUACAGCGCUAGAGUCAGCCUACAGUUCUUUCAAUCAGGUCCUUAUCAAGUUUCACAGUGACUUCUCCACAAGUGGAUUCUUUGUCCUCAAUUUCCAUGCCUAUCGUCUGAAGAAAUGCCCACCUCCCCCAACAGUGGAAGAAGCGGAAAUAGUAUAUGAAGAUCAAGAUUAUGAAAUAGGAGACAUUGUGAAGUAUCGCUGCUUCCCUGGAUUUACCCUGGUCGGCAACAGUGAGCUUACCUGUAAGCUCAACUCUCAUCUCCAGUUUGAAAGACCUCCGCCUACUUGUGAAGCUCAGUGUCCUGCAAAUGAAGAACGCGCCUUCUCAUCCGGGGUUAUCCUUAGUCCAGGUUUCCCUAAAAACUACCCCAACUCUCAGACCUGCUCCUGGGUCAUCAGAGUUCAACCUGCGUACACUAUUUCCAUCUUCGUGGAGAUGUUUCAGAGUGAGAAGCAGUUCGACGAACUUGAGAUCUUUGACGGACCAUCUGGUCAGAGCCCUUUGCUGGUGGCCCUUAGUGGAAAUCACUCCACACAGUUAAACUUUACAAGCAAGACCAACCACCUUUACCUGAGAUGGUCCACUGAUCAUGCAACCAGCAAAAGAGGGUUCAAAAUCCGAUACACAGCUCCUUAUUGUAGCAUUAAUGACCCACCUGGAAAUGGAGGGGUGCUUAAUCGAACAAGAGAGCGUCCAGGAAGCAAGCUGCAGUACUAUUGUUAUGCUGGCUACAGGCUAGUGGGCCCCAGAAAUUCCACCUGCCGGUUGCAUCAGAAUGGGCUGUAUCAUUGGGAUGCCCCAGCUCCACUAUGUCAAGCUUUAUCUUGUGGAAUCCCUGAGUCUCCUACCAAUGGUUCAUUCCAUGGUUUCCAGUACACAGUCGGAAGCAAAGUGAAUUACCAGUGCAAUGAAGGGUACAGGAUGGAGACAAGUCUCCCCACAAGUACCGUCUGUCUAGAGAAUGGGACAUGGAGCAACGCUGCACACCCACCUCUUUGUUUACCGAUCCAGUGCCCUUACAUUGAGAGCAUGCUCUCAGAACACAUGGUGUGGCGGCUGAUCUCGGGGUCACUGAAUGAAUUUGGAUCUCAGAUAAUGCUAAGCUGCACUCCUGGCUUCUACCUGGGAGGCAGGAGGACCAUCAAGUGCUUAGCUAAUGGAACCUGGGCUGGAAUCCAGGAAAGGUCUACCUGCAAGAUUAUCUCGUGUGGGGACCUCCCCUCUCCUCCCUAUGGCAACAAGAUAGGAACCCUGAUUACGUUUGGGGCCACAGCGAUCUUCAUGUGUAAUACGGGCUACACACUGGUUGGGUCACACGUGAGGGAAUGUGGGGCCAACGGGCUCUGGAGUGGAGUGGAAACAAAGUGUCUUGCUGGCCACUGUGACUCCCCUGAUCCAAUCAUCAAUGGUCAUAUCAGUGGAGAUGGCUCCAGUUAUCGUGACACUGUUGUCUAUCAGUGCAACCUGGGCUUUCGCCUUAUUGGAACAUCGGUUCGGAUCUGUCAACAGGACCACAGAUGGUCUGGACAAGCUCCUGUUUGUGUUCCCAUUACCUGCGGUCACCCUGGAAACCCAACAAAUGGUCGAACUAACGGCAGCGAGUUCAACCUGAACGAUGUGGUAAACUUCACCUGCAGCAAAGGAUAUCUGUUGCAUGGUGCAUCAAGAGCCCAGUGCAGGAUGAAUGGACAGUGGAGCAACCCUCUUCCAGUCUGUAGAGUGGUAAACUGCUCCGAUCCAGGCUUUGUGGAGAAUGCCAUUCGUCACCCGCAGCAGCGUUUCCCAGAGAACUUCAACUAUAGAACCAGUGUGAUGUAUCACUGCAAGAGGGCCUUCUAUCUGCUCGGCUCAUCACUUCUCACCUGUCAGUCAAACGGCCUCUGGGACAGAUCACUUCCUAAGUGCCUUUCUAUUUCCUGUGGUGAUCCUGGCACACCACCCCAAGCUGUCAUGUCAGGCAGGAAGUUCACCAACGGUGGCGUGCUCCAUUAUACCUGCAGCAAGGGCCGAGUGCUGAUUGGGAACGCCACGCGCUACUGUCAGGAGGACGGACGCUGGAGUGGGUCACCACCCUACUGCUCAGGUGGUAGUUCCGGGGAGUGCGGUGACCCUGGAACCCCACCUCAGGGCUCCAGGCUAGGGGAGAAGUUCCAGCUGAAGAGCCUGCUGCGAUUCACCUGUGAUGCCGGUUUUUCCCUGAGUGGCUCACCUGAGAGGACCUGCCUCCACAAUGGCUCCUGGAGUGGCACCCAGCCAGUUUGUGAAGCGGUUUCCUGUGGGAAUCCAGGUACGCCUGCCUACGGGAAGAUUGUCUUCAGUGAUGGAAUACUGUUUUCAAGCUCCGUGGCAUAUGCUUGUUGGGAAGGAUAUAAGACUUCAGGCCUCACCACUCGCCACUGCACCACCAAUGGCACCUGGACCGGCUCGGCACCAGACUGCACAGUGAUCAGCUGUGGAGAUCCAGGUCCUGUUGCCAAUGGGAUUUACAUAGGGAAUGAGUUCACCUUCAACAAGACUGUUCAGUAUCACUGUAACCCAGGCCACGUCAUGGACACUGUCGGUACGUCUGUGCUCCUCUGCACAAAGGACGGGUCUUGGAACCAAACCAAGUCUAACUGUAAAGUGAUCAUGUGUGGCCAUCCUCCGGCUGUUCGCAAUGGGAAGGUUGAGGGAUCAGACUUGCAGUGGGGCUCCAGUGUCACCUAUAGCUGCUUCGAUGGGUACCAGCUAUCCAGCCCUGGAAUCGUCUCAUGUGAGGGAAACGGCACAUGGAGAGGGGAGAUCCCUCAUUGUCUUCCUGUGCUGUGUGGAGACCCUGGCACCCCAGCAGAGGGUUAUGCUGAGGGGAAGCAGUUCACCUACAGGUCAGAGGUGACUUUCUUCUGCAGGGACCCCAACAUCUUGGUCGGGUCCCCCAGGAGACUGUGUCAGGUUGAUGGGAGCUGGAGUGGAAUACAGCCCUCAUGUAUAGAUCCUGCAUAUAACACAUGCAGAGACCCUGGAACUCCAUCUUACGGGAUACCAGUCACGUACCAAGGAUUUGAGGUUGGAAGCAAAAUCUCCUUCAAAUGUCGUAAAAACUACCACAUACUGGGAUCUACGACAAGAACCUGUCUGGAACAUUUGACGUGGAGUGGUGUGCAACCAGAAUGUAUCGCCCAUACCUGCAGACAGCCCGAGACACCGUCUAACAUUGACGUGAGGGCUAUUGAUCUACCAACUCUGGGCUAUACUUUGAUCUAUACAUGCCAAUACGGAUUCUUCCUGGAUGGGGGAUCAGAGCACAGGACAUGUAAACCUGAUGGAAAGUGGUCCGGAAAGCCACCUGUCUGCAAAGUUGGCCCAAAAAUAAAUGGUAAAAAAGGAGUGGAGUCAGAUGUUCAGAAAAACAAGAUUGGUGUUCCUGUAAAUGUGUUUUCUUUAAACUUUGGCUGGACCGGGUUCUAUGAGUACCUUGGGGCAAGAGAAGGUGCCACUAUUACUGUAAAUGGAUUCAAUGCAACAACCAGUAGAGUCAAUGUCACACUUUUGGAUCAGAGCAGAGUGCAGCUUAAACUCUCUGGAACAUACAAAAAGGAGGAGAAUCAUUUGCUACUGAAGGUUUACCAGAUACGUGGUCCAACAGAGCAUCAUUUCAGUAAAUUCAAGAAUGACAACUGGGCAAUGGAUGGCUACGUGACUGCAGAGUCUGACCAGAAAACCUUUGUUUACCAGGGUCAUAUCCACAGCAAGGACUUUGGCAUAUUUGUGCUAACAAGAGGAGGUAUCUUUACAACAGACCUGGACCCAUCAAAUCCUCCAUACUAUGGCACGAAUAGCAGUUCAGUAGCAGUUGCCAUACUAGUGCCAUUCUUUGCCCUUAUUCUUUCAGGGUUUGCAUUUUACCUCUACAAACACAGAACAAGACCAAAAGUACAAUAUAAUGGCUACACAGGCCAUGAAAACACAAAUGGACAAGCGUCAUUUGAAAACCCUUUGUAUGACACAAACAUGAAACCCACGGAGGCGAAAGCUGUAAGGUUUGAUACAACUCUUAACACAGUCUGCACAGUAGUAUAGCCCUUGUAUCGCCAGCAUUGGACUGGUUUUUAUAGCGAGAUGCAAAUAUUCCUUUGACUCAUCACGUUAUGAUGAUAAAAGACAAGUUUUAAAUCAAGGACAGUUUUAUAUGGACUUAAACAACAACUAUUGGUGUUCUAUGGAGCAAGGACUAUGUACAUGGCCAGGACAGAAGAUACUCUCUUGGAUCAAGGAGUUCUGCCUUUCAUUGCUCUUUGCAGGAUGAAUGUAUUCAUUCUCCUCUCUUUAAAAAAAAAAAUCUGUAUUUUUUUUCCCCAAAGGCCCUCCUUGGGGAAACACGGAAGUUUCUUGAAAAGCCACAUAAUUGUUGAUAAAAAGUGUUUUCUUCAGUGAAGAUGAACAACAAAGGAGGGAGCAACUUUGAACAUGUUGCUGCUCAUUCCUUGCCAGACUUCUCCAAUAAAGGGAAAUAUGCUACAACUACAACUGUCUCGCAUGAGAUCUUGGCUAUCUAAUCUCUGGGUAGUUAGAGGAACUCUCUCAGCUGUUGUGUUGAAAAACUUUAUCGCACAAAUUUUGCACUAGUGUGUUAUGAAUGGGUAUGAAAUGAGUCAAAAGAGGAAUUUUCAAACCAACUGAAAAAAUUACGUACAGGGUUUUUGACCAUUUGUAGAUAAACAUACAGUAUAUUUCCAUAUCCACAGGGAGCAAGUUGUCAUGCUGCCAUGCUACUGUUUAUAAACAGAGAGGCUUAUUUUAUUUUCAAUAUUGGUUUUGCAAAUACAUUUAUCGAACACUCUGCUUACUUUUUUACAUAUAAUUUUAACUCUGGAGUCGCAAAUACCAUGCAGCUUAUCAAGCAUCAUUCCACAAAUCUCAAUUAAGGAGCAACUGGUGUACAUGCAAAUGUGCAGCUAUUGUGAGUCAUUUGUCAUUGUAUUCACAGAUCAAUAUUACUGCAGAGCAAACCGAUCUGGCUCAUCUGCUUUGAAAAACAACAAUGCCCAAUACCGUAGUAUACUGUAAAUUGCAUCAGAUAAUUACAGUAUGUAUCAUGCAUGAUAGUUUGUUUAUAUUGUCAAUCAUCAGUUUGCUGUUCAUAUUGUAGUUUAUUUCACAUUACCACAAGCAUUUAACAUUUGUAACCCUACAAAACAGUUUGCAGUCCUAUCUUGUGGUCUUGCUGCAAAUUUGCUUACAUUUCAAAUAUACCUCGUUGCGCAGAAGGACAUAAUUUUUCUAUUCUACAAUACUGGAACUAAUGAAAUGUUUAUUUUUCAUAAAUGCUGCACUUGCUUUAAAUCACAGUUUUAAUGCAGAAGUGUAUUUUAAUUUAUAUGUGCCAUAAGAUUACACCAUGUUUUAUUCUGACACACAUGUCACUUAAGGCCAGAUGGGGAAUGAAGUUGGAUGGCAAUCCUUCUUUAGCAGAGGCAUGAGCUGGUUGUUUAGAAGCUUGUCUUAAUAAUCUAUUUUUCCCCCUUUUAUGUUAUGUCCAUCCUAUCCUUAAAGGUAUUGAGUCAGGGAUGAUGACAUGAACACUGACUUCAUAUUUACACUCCAAGAAACACUGCCUUAUUAAAUUCAAAAGCAUGACAAAGCUGUCACAGUCACAAAUGACUUGUUACAACACUAAUGCUUGAGAGUGUAGGGCUACUUGAAUGCAUACAGUACACUGUGAUUCCAAAGUCAUAGAUUAGCUUAUUGUUUUUCCUAAUAAUUUUGGUUAUGCAUGUUUUCACAAAUAAUGUUAAAAAUUAACAGUAGAUGAACUACCUUUCAAAAUCUGUUAUCAUAUGCACUUGCUUUGAGAUCAAUGACAAAAUGUGUAAUAUAAUCUUGUGAGCUAUCAGAUUCCAGUUAAUGUCUAUUGUAUUUGUGGCCAUUGAAGCAUUGCAGGAUUCCCAGAGUGUGAUCAAUUGAAUGUGUGUUCCUAAAAUAAGAAGAAUUUGCAUUUCCUUCACUUUUUUAUAAAGUGAACUAUUUAGCAUUUUACAUUUCAAAUUAUGCCUGUUAUUCAUUGCACACCUACGUACUGUACAGCAGUGUUUUCAAUCAAUAGGGUUAAGACAAAAAUUAAUCAAAUCAUCCCUCAUUCUUUGUCAACAUUUUGUGAUGUAAGACCCACUGCUUUUAAUCCACAUCUUGCCUUCCUUUUGGCUUGCUGCAAUAAUGUUUUUCUUUCAUCAUCUGUAAAAUAUAUUCCCAAGAAAAGAGCUGUACAACUGCAUUCAAUUAAAUAUCAUUCCAUUUUACAACAUCAUGUUAUCAUGUGCUGCUGACUUUAAGUAGGUGCAAAAGAAAAUGUUUUUGUACAGAAAUAUAUUUUUUAUUAAGAAUUUGUAAAAUUAUUAAAUAUGCUGUGCUUUUUUGAUUAAUGUAGGUACAAAACUUGUUAAAAUAAAUGUUUUUACUAUAAAAAAUGUAAAUUUAUCGUCUGAGUAUGAAUAUAAAAUGUAUAUUAUCUAUGGUUGAAACCUUUCUUGCAAAUGUUGAUAUAUACAAGCUUUUAUUUGAAAACAUUGCUCGUAUAUAUUUGUUUAUACAAGAAAAAACAAUCCUUAGAAAAAAAUUGUAUUACAGAUUGUUCUAUGACACAAGUUAUAUGACAUAUUUUGAAGACAUGAUUUCAGAUUAAACAUUUUUGAUA